AUGUCAGUAUUCCGUCAUCCGCAGGCAACUCCCGGACGCAAUUUUCAACAGUACGGAAAUGAAGGAAUGCGUAUGCCGAAACCACCCGAGAGACCGCUUCAGCCCUACAUGAGAUACAGUCGAAAAAUGUGGCCACGGGUGCGUGCGGAAAACCCUGAAGCUCAAUUAUGGGAUAUUGGAAAGAUUAUUGGGAAAAUGUGGAGCGAGACAACAGACGCAGAACGAUCGAUUUACCAACACGAAUAUGAGCUGGAAAAGGCCGAAUAUGAAAAACAGAUGAAAAAUUUUCAAAAUAGCGGAUUUGGAGGAUACAUGACUGCGAAGGGUCGCGCUAAGAAUAACGAAAAAAUGUCGCGAAGCAGAAUGGAUGCUGGAGGCGUCGUUAUACAACCCGUCGAUGAAGAUGAUGGCACGAAUGAAUUAAGCACCAGAAGGAUCGCUGGAUUACGGUUUGAGCGAAAUAAUCGGUUGAUCAGUGAUCUUUUUUCUGCUAAUAUGGUCACUGAUCUUCGAACGAUUGUUGCUCAUAACCGAAUGGAAAUGUUGAAGAAACAAGCAGCUUCACUUGCCCAACAUCAGAGUAAACUUGAAGAAGAGCUGAUAAAACUUCAAGCAAUUCACAACGAUCGGAAACGAGCUAUUGAAAAAGGAAGCGAUGAGUUCCAGGAAAAAAUGAAAAAGGUUGUCAGCGAGAAACCGGUUAUCGAUGAGGAGAAAUUCCAAGAAACAGUGAAAGAAUGGGAAGGAAAACUCGCCGAAGCUUAUGUUGAAUACAAGAAGAAACAAGACGAGAUCAACGCAAAAGCUGCUGCGAACAAGGAAAGUGCUCCAGUUCUUCGAAACCUUGUGAUGGGAUCACCAUCUCAGAAUGGAGAUAAGGAAAAGACCGACGAAGAAAAAGUAAAUGGGGAAGAGAAGGUGAAAGAAGAGGAGAACGAAUCUGAAAAGAAGGAAGAAAAAGACGAUGAGAAGAAUAAAAAUAAGGAAGAAACUGCAACCGAAGACGAUGAUAAAGUGAAGGUGGAAAUGAAACCCGAGGAAGAAGCCGAGAAGAAGAAAAAUGAAGAAGCACCCUCUAAAACAGAGGAAGAACCAGCGAAAGAAGAGGAAGCCGAGAAGCCAAAGGAAAAAGUUGAGGAAAACAAAGAUGAGGAGAAAGUUGAAGAAAAAAUGGAAGGCGUCGAAGAACAAAAACAAUAA